CGUCAUUGUCAAAAACACCGAGAAACUCUGCGAUCAUUGUGCAACACUGGAGCCGAAAAUCUGCCGAGGUUGCUGUUGGCGCUGCACGAUCGCUAUUAUCGUUUCGAUUAAAAGCCUGAAGAAAAGCCUGAAUGCACUCGGAAUAAUAGAAGCAGUGGGGUGAAUCCCCAGUGUUUGCUGAGCAUGAGCAUGGAGGAUUAUGACUACUUAUUCAAAAUUGUGCUGAUAGGAAAUGCAGGAGUGGGCAAAACCUGCCUCGUCCGACGCUUCACUCAGGGGCUCUUCCCUCCUGGACAAGGUGCCACCAUUGGAGUUGAUUUCAUGAUCAAAACUGUGGAAAUAAAAGGAGUGAAGGUGAAGCUCCAGAUCUGGGACACGGCCGGGCAGGAGCGUUUCCGCUCAAUUACCCAGAGUUACUACCGCAGUGCCAACGCUCUCAUUCUCACCUAUGACAUCACCUGUGAAGAUUCCUUCCGGUGCCUUCCUGAGUGGCUGAGGGAGAUCGAGCAGUAUGCCAACAACCAAGUAGUGACAAUCUUAGUAGGGAAUAAGAUAGACCUGGCUGAUAAGCGAGAAGUCCAUCGGCAGCGAGCAGAGGAGUUUGCGGAGGCGCAGAGCAUGCUUUAUCUGGAGACCUCUGCCAAAGAAUCGGACAACGUGGAGAAGCUCUUCCUGGAUCUGGCCUGCGAACUGAUCCGCGAGGCCAAGCAAAACACGUUGGACAACAACGACUCCACUCCCAUGCCUGGAGAAGGGAAAAACAUCAAUUACUUGAGUUGCUGCAGCAUUAACUAGUAGACUUGGCCACUCUGUCUGGCUGAGGGGGGCAACAUGGAUUGCAUACAAAGUGGUUGUAUUGUUGGUAACCACUACGUAGUAGCAGUGGUUACUGUUUUCCACUGUUGUUGAAGUCUUGUUCUUUUACCCUUCUUAAAUCCCUGGGUAUUUUAAAACAUUCGGGAAAAACACGAUAUCAAGAUGAUGCUGCUUUUAAAGGUGGGUCUAAAGCUCCAAAAUGCUUUUGGCCAGAAAAAAAGGGCCCUACAGAAUUGCUUGCUGAUAGGUCAGACAAUGAGAUUUUCUACACUUCUGUACAAUGCAACAGUUGGGCUUUCCCUGCUGACUUGAGAGCCAAUGUAUUUGUCAUAUUAGAGAUUUGGAAUUGAGAAUGCAGAUCUUCAUCAGCAGUCUCACUCACCUGACUAGUUCUUCUAAAAUAAGCAUUUUGUCAUCAUUUACUUACUCUCAUGUUUAUUCCAAAACCAUAUGACUGACUGAAGAACAUUCAUGAAGCUAUUUUCCAACUGAAAGUAUACAGUGACCAAAGCAGUCCAUAUGACUUGUGCGUUAUAUUCCAAGUCUUCUGAAGCCAUAUGAUGCUUGUGGGUUUGGAAUGACAUUAGGGUGAGUAAAUAAUGACAGAGUUAUUAUUUUAGGAUAAACUGCUCCUUUAAGACCCAUUGCCACAAAUUUGGUGUGUUGGUGUGCACAUUUAUUAUUCGCACAAAAUGCACUUCUUGAUUGCUUGCGAGAUUGUUUGAGGUUGCUUAUGCAUGCGUUUUUUUGUUUUAAAAUGAAGAAGUCAAUAAUGCAAACAGACAGCCAGCUCCCCUAAAUAAUCUGUGACAGGAAGAUGUGAAGUAAAACCACCAUUUUAAAUCCCCAUUUGUCAGGAAUUUAGUUUAUAAGAAUAUAAACUCCCCUUACUGCUUGCAUGGUAGUUUGGUUGGUAAUACUCAAUGAAGGCCAUGUCAUUUUGAGAAGUCAUAGCAAAAACCCAAUGUGCCUCUGCCGUUUGCAUCCUGUCAUCAUACAUUACAUAGCACUGGGGAAUCUCAUGGAGCACAUGUUUGGGUCAUAUUUAACCCCAAAAUAUCACUUUAACCAGGUCAAUAUAUUAGCUUGGUAGUUUUAAUUUAGUUUAUUUCAAGUAUGAUUCUCAUUAGAUUCCCAGUACUGCAAAAAUAAUACUGGCAUGACACAAUUAUAUUUUUUAAGAUUUUUAUUAUUUUCACUGUACAACAUAUACUCCCAUAAUGUAUACAUACUUUGCAGUACUGUAUGUGUGUUUUUGUAUUUUAUUUUAUCAUUCAUAGGAAUUAGUUUUUUUUUUUUUUUUGCAUUACAGUCAUAAGAACAGAAAGGAAGAAUUUCCUUAAGUAACUGCAAAAAUGUCAUUGUUCAUUAAAUAAUAAUAAUUAUUAUUAUUAUUUAUUUUUUUAGGUGAAAUACACUACCAAUCAAAAGUUUGGGGUCAGUAUGAUUUUCUUUAAAUAAAUAAUUUUAUUCAGCAAGGA